AUGAGCUCCCCGUGGGGAUUCACCGCCACCAGAGCCUUAACGGCGGGCCUGGGCUCUGCGUCAAGGCUGGCCGAGCAUCUGAGCGGCCUCGGCGUCCAGCGGCCGCUCAUUGUGACUGACCGUGGCGUGCUCGCGGCUGGCAUCCUCGACGGUGCGGCUGAGUCGUUGCGGCGGUCGCAGGUCGCCUUCGAGGUGUAUGACGAGACGGUCGCCGACCCACCCGCCGAUCAGGUCCAUGCCGCCGCCGGCCAGGCGCGCGCGAUGAGAGCUGACGGUGUGGUAGGGUUCGGCGGCGGCUCAUCGAUGGACAUCGCCAAGUUGGUCGCACUGCUCGCCAGCCCGGGCUGCACCCAACCUCUGGACGACAUGUUUGGCGUCGGCAACGUGCGGGCGGCGCGGCUUCCGCUCGUCCAGGUCCCAACCACGGCCGGCACCGGCUCAGAGGUGACCCCGAUCGCAAUCAUCACGACAGCGCCUGGCACGAAGCAAGGGGUGGUGUCGCCCCAGCUGCUGCCUGACCUGGCGGUCCUCGAUGGCGAGCUCACGGCGAGCUUGCCGCCGCACGUCCCGCACGGACUCUCAAACUCGCUGAUGCUCCCGCACGUCCUCGACUUCAACGCGCGCUCCGAGCAGGCGACCAGCUUGUACGCAGAGCUCGCGCCCAUUGUCUGCUCGCGCCAGCUCGGCGCGUUUGUGGACCACUUCGCGUGUUUACCUGCGGAGCUGGGGCUCCCCACCACUCUCCGCGAGGUUGGUGUUGCCGAGGCGGACAUCGGCAGCCUCGCGGCGAACGCGAUGUUGCAAACGCGACUGCUGCCGAAUAACCCGCGCGAGGUGCAUCUCGACGACGCGGAGAGGAUCUACCGCGCCGCGCUCUGA